AUGGAUAAGGUCCCUACUCGAGUUGAUGGAAGGUUUAGGCUGGGAGACAUGUUGGGGUCUGGCUCGUACGCUGUUGUGUAUCGUGCACGGAAUAUCAUCAAGGAUAACGCAGUCGCCAUCAAGCUUGAACCUAUCAACCACUCAUCUUCUGUGCAGCGUGAAUACCGCAUUUUGAAAAACCUUGAAGGUGGUAUUGGGAUUCCCCGUGCCCUGUGGUUUGGAGACCAGCUGCUUUCACAUCUUGAAUACAUUCAUUCGCAUAAUUACAUCCACGGUGAUAUCAAACCACAGAAUGUUGUGGUGGGCCUUGGCGAUUUGAAGCACACCGCCUUUCUCAUUGAUUUCAGCACCGCAAAGGAAUUCUGGAACACAUCGACCAGAGUCCAUAUACCAUUUCGCCAAGGUCAACGUCUUACCAGCACUCCUGCAUUCACGUCAAUCAACAAUCAUUUGGGACUUGAACUGGGUCGUCGUGAUGACCUUGAGUCACUCACAUACAUGUUAAUAUACUGUUUGCAGGGCUCUCUUCCAUGGUUGACCAGUGACCAAGAGAAGCUUUCCAGCUCUUCCAUACUCGAGCGCAAAGUCAACACUACCAUUGAAGUUUUGUGUCAAGGAAUUCCUGUCCAAUUCGCAACGAUUCUCAUUUACACGCGUGCUCUCACAUUCUCAGAGGACCCUGACUACAACCACAUUCGUUCCUUACUUCGUGUACUUCAUUCUACAUCACCUGCUCCAGCAAGCACACAGCUGGAUUUUGGCAAGCCUGAUGUGCCUACCGCACAUCCCCUUCCAUGCUAUGAUGAACCCUGGGCAAUCAAGGCAGUGCCUUCAAGUCCAUGCCUGCCGCUUCAUAGAUCGUCUUGUGUUUUAUGCCCACAUAAUCACCCCUCCCCAUUGCAUGCAACUGCCUCAACUCCACGCCGGAAAAAGGCCUAG